UAGUCACAAGCAUAGACUUAUCAAACAAUAAGCUUUCCUGUGACUUGCCUAAGGAACUGACCAAACUACAAGGGCUUCAUUUUUUAAAUCUUUCUAGCAACCUUCUCAAUGGAAGGAUACCAGAAAACAUAGGUGACAUGAAGCAGCUGGAAUCACUGGAUCUGUCAGAGAACAAUUUGUUUGGUACCAUUCCUUCAAGCAUAUCAACUUUGAACUUCUUGGCCUAUUUGAAUGUAUCGCACAACAAUUUGUCUGGAAAAAUUCCAUCAGGCACUCAACUUCAGUCUUUUGAUCAAUCGGCCUAUAAUUGGAAUCAUGGUCUCUGUGGAUCGCCUCUUCAGAAUUGUGCUAAUGAGAUGAAUCCCCCGGCUGUAUAUGAGGAAGACAGGAAAGGAGAUUGGGCAGAGAUGUUAUGGCUUUACAUAGGUCUUGCAAUGGGAUUCAUAAUUGGCCUCUGGAUGAUCUUUGGUACCUUUAUCAUCAAGCAAACCAUAAGAAUUGCUUAUUUCCAAUCCAUUGACAAAGUAUAUGACUGGAUAUAUGUUAAGGUGGUUGUGCACUCUCGGAGGCUGAAAUUGACUUUCUCAAGGAGGAACCAAGGUCCAAGUAGCAAGGCAGGAGGUCAAGUAGUUUAUAUCAAUAAAGUGAUGUCAGUAUAUUACGCUAAUUAUUUGGAGAUCUCUUCAAUUGGCAUCUUCGUCCUGUUUGCUAGAGUUUUGGAGAAUGCCUUUAAAAAGAACAUUGAGAAAUGUUAUUGCCAUGAACUUGGAGAUAUUCUCUGCUCCUUAGGAGUUGGUCGAUCAAGGAGAUUUGGGCCAUUUGGCCAUCUUGGUUUGACUGUGAAUUUGAUCACACAUGAAGACCACUUCAAGGUGUAA